GGUGGUUCGUACUGUGGUGUCGUCUCCCUCCCAAUCGGCUCAUGUCUAUACAGCGGGAACAGAAGCGAAAUCGUGGCUGUGCCCAAUCAAAGAAUGGAUGUAUUGCUUCCUCAUUAGCUACACGAAACAGCUCACCCUGCCAACCGGACGUUUAUUUUCUUGAUGGCAAGAAAAUGAGAUAUCUAGGGCCAGACCUUCCAGAGGACAUCUGGCGUCAUAUACAUUUCCUCCUGCCAAUGCAAGAUGCUGCCCGUCUUGGGUGUGUCUCUCACUCCUUUCUACAGUCCUGGAGAUGCUAUCCUAACCUCACCUUCACUAAUAAAACGAUGUGCUCGAAAGAAAAUUUACGAACAGUGGGAUGGAAUGUGAUAAGAGACUACACCCACAAAAUUGACUGUGUUCUAGCAAACCACUCAGGUGCUGGUGUGAGGAAAUUCAAAUUAGAAUACUAUGCUCCUUGUGAUGCUGUAUCAUGUCAUCAACUCAAUAGCUGGCUUAAGAUGGCUGUUACACCAGGGAUAGAAGAACUUGACUUUGCACUAUUUUCGAAGGAGGCACCGUUUGAUUUCCCAUGCAAACUUCUAUCUGACCAGAGCCAAGACUCGAUUCAGCAUCUUCGUCUUUUCAAUUGUGGCUUACAUCCCACAUUUCAACUUGGUUUUAGAAGCCUGAAAAUGUUGCAGCUGUUUAAAGUGCGGAUCACGGAUGAUGAGUUAGGGUGCCUUCUAUCCAAUUCCUUUGCUUUGGAACACUUGCAGCUUCUACAUUGUGAUGAUAUAAUUCACCUUGAGAUACCUUCCCUGCUGCAGCGGCUCAAAUUCCUGGAGGUGUUUGAAUGUUCGAACCUCCAUGCCCGUGAAAAUUCAAUUAGUCAAGCAAGAUGCAUAAUUGAUGCGAUUCGUAGAAAUUGGAACUUUUCAAGUGUCAUGCUGCUGGUGUCUGGUGGGGAACAUGGCACCGUUCUUGAAAGUGGAGGCCAAUGCACAUUAUAUUGUGGUGUAAUCAAGGUUAAGAGGAUUUGA